AUGAUCUUUUCUGCAAGUUGUUUUUCCACUUCAGCAGUAGUAGCAACAACAAAGAGUGCAUUAAUGACAAUCGUCUUGCGAAUUGUAAUCGCCAAACAUUUCGACUUAAUACAAACCAUCACGAAUGCGACCUUCAGAUGGCUCACAAUAAUUCACGAGAUCAACGACAAUGACAACUUAUUAAUUAUAUUUAGUCGUCGUGAGAUUUUAAAGCCAGUGAUCAACUUAAAAAGAUCCAAAUGUGAUGAAAGGCGACAAGAAGAACAAGAAGAUGAAGGGAAGAAGACGUUUUACAUAAUUUUCUUACUUCAUUCAAAUCCAUCUUCAAGAUCAAAACGAGAUGAAUUCAGAUGA